AAACGUUGACUUUGUAUAUUGUUUGUGUCUUUUUAUAAGAUGUUUUAUUGUUUUAAAGGGUCGGCGUUUGAAUAGGAACUGCUAACAUCAGGCGUGCAGUCACGAGAACAGACCACAGGCAGCUUAAUAAUAAUAAUAAUAAUAAUAAUAAUGAUAAUUAGACAACUCUCAAUAAGAUGUUGAAAUGCCUUAAAUGUGAUGAUAAUCCCUAAUUAUUUGCCUGUUAAUGCUUUUCUGUAACACUAUAAAAACAUUGGAAACACCAUAUAUAACGUGUGUAUAAUUUUUAAAUAUAAAUGACAGUCUUAACUUUUGAUUCGCUUCUCUUAGUUUGAAUUUAUUUUGAAUGCAGACAAGAAUGCUUCUAUUCACAACUUAACUUUAUAUUUUGAAGAUUAUUUUUAAUUCACAAUAUUGUGAUAUUUGUAAGAACUAUGAACAUAUAAACAGAUAUUAUAUGUUCAGUGUACCAAGGCUUAGUAAUGAUUGAAUGAUUCCAACAGGAAAUGUUGGAGCAGGUAUAGAGGACUAAUGCCAUCUACUGUUCUCAUGUUUUAUUGAUGUUUCUAAAGCUUUUGAUGUAUUAUUACUAAUAACACAAAACAGUUGUCCAAAUACAUUUAUGGGAUUAUUUAAGGUAUUUUUUCCACAUUUUCCAAACUGUUGAAUGCCGGUAACAUUGAAUGUAUGAUUGGUAACAAAGAAGUAAACAAACUUACAUGCAGAUGUUGUUCUGUUUAUGGGAUGGUUAAAACAUGUUCAAAGACCGUUGUGAUGAUCUGUCACACCAAAGAGAUUCAAACACUUAGUUUUCUAGUUUUUAGCAAAUAUUGUGCGAUAUAUUGGUCUCACACUAUACUGUGUUAUUAUGAAUUUCAUUGUGCUUCUGAAACAUUAUGUCUUGUGUUGUAUUUUCGUUUUUUAAAAGUUAUUUUUCUGACGUCUGAAUAGAAGAAUUAUAGAAUUAUAGUAUAGAAUUGAGGGGAGCCGCAUCUUGUGGAGCUGUUUCUUUCAAAUGACUGGCUCAUUUUUAUAUUUAUUUAUUUUUAAGAACUCAUUUUAUCUGUGAAAUAAUUACUGCGAGGAAUUUGCAUCAGAAUUAUUAAUUUAAAAAAAUGUAAACAUCCCAUUCUAUUUCUAUCGGUGGUAUAUGUGAGUUUGAAUUAUUCUAAAAUAUUGAUUAUAAUUUAUCUAGAUUUUUUAUGUCUGAUCUGUAUUCUUCCUAAACAUUCCACAAGGUGGGGCCAUAUACCUCUGCUCUGACAGUGACGUUACUAUUUUGGAUUUAUCAUUGUAUAAAAUGUGUGUUUGUAUCAAAGUUGAGUAUCGAAGGGAAAACUUGAGUUCUCGCAACUGCCACCCGCUUCCCAUCGUUCGCAUUAAAGAGCCGGUCAAUAGAUUUAGUCUAUCAUGAAUGUCCCAACUCAAAACCAAACUAAAUUGUGGUAUUUAGUUUUGUUUUCAGUUUUCGUGGCGAAUGCACACACUUUGUACAGAUGGCAGAAGUUGUACAGGAGAAAGGUCGUGGCUUGAAGUUUGCAGAGCAGCAGCUGCUGCGUCAUGGCUGGGAACACGGUAAAGGACUGGGACGAGCUGAGAACGGCAUUUCAGAAGCGAUCAAGGUCAAGGUCAAGUGUGACAAAGGAGGGGUUGGCCAUAAAGAAGGAGAGCAGUUCACGUUCCACUGGUGGGAUCAUGUCUUCAAUAAGUCCUCCUCCAGUCUGCAGGUGGAGUCUGAUGAAAAUGGUAUAAAGGUGAAGAAGACUCCAGAGGAAGAUGGAGAAGACGGCACCAUCUCCAACAAAAGACCACGGAAAGCCGCGCUGGCUAAAGCCAAACUUUAUGGAUGCUUUGUCAAGUCGUCCACACUGCUGUCUGGUCAGGAGCAGCCAGAACCAAAGUCUUCCUCCUCAGACGACAGCAGCAGUUCAGACGACGACGACGACGACCACAGACUGGAUCUCUCCAGCGCCACCAAACUCUCUGAUGCUGAUCUUGUGAAGGCGUGUGGAGGACGCACAGCUCACAAAGGAGCCAGACAUGGUUUGACCAUGAGCGCCAAGUUAGCAAGACUGGAGCAGCAGGAGGCGGAGUUCAUGGCCAAGUAUGGCAAGAAGAGCCAACCGCUGAACCGCCCGGUGGUCUGUGGUGAGGACAGAGUGGAGAGGCAGGAGGAGACUGAGGCUGAGGAUAUUCGCAACAAGAACAAGAAGAAGAAGAAGAAGAAGAAAUCUGCUGAGCUCAACGUCAAUGAGCUCAACUGCAGCGAGGCAUCUGAGAGUACUGAAGCAGAUGUUAAGCCCAAAAAGAAGAAGAAGAAGAAGAAGAAGAAGAAGAAAGCCAACAAUGAUGCUGUUUGUACUGAGGACAUUGUCCAUGUAGAACAUAGUGAGGCAGAUUGUUCUCACCAAACAAAAAGAAAAGAGAAGAGGAAGAAUAAAGCAGAGCAGAAGGAAGAAGAAUCAGCCCUCACCUCACCGGCAGCAGAGACAGCUGAGCUGCAACCUGACACUGAAAUGAAGAAGAUGAAGAGGAAGAAAGGCCACAAUGAGGAAGAUACAGUAUCCAGCCAAUCAGAGGACAGCGCUCCAAAAACAAGAGAAGGUGCCGUUUUGAUGGAGGAAGCAGAAAUUAAAGAGGAAGAAUCCACAGAAAACCACAAAAGGACAAAAUGUAAAAAGGAAAAGUCAUUUAUUGAUGUCAAAGGAAACGAGGAGGCACUUCCUCCAAAGAAGAAGAAGAAGUCUAAAGUGUAAAAAACAUGACUCUGAUAGCUCAGGUUUUUGGAAGUGUGGCUCUGUGAGACAGUAGUCAGGAUUGACUGAGACUCCUGCAUCGCAAACCAGCUCGAUGAAAACAUGGUUGUUUUUACUGAAUGAAAUCUACAUCAUCUACAUGUGUCAGUACCUCAUACAACCACAUUUCACUUCAUAUCUGCUUUGGUUUAUGAACUAAACAUGGAGGUUGAAACAUGGAGCCAAUUAAUUAAAAGUGCAUUACAUCGAUAACGUCAUCGAACAAGGCGAUCAGAGAUGGCAGACCUACACGUGUGACACACCCUGUGGCGUAACGGUGGAGCGUCUGACUCCAGGUUCAAAUCCAGGGGCAAAAUUGUGUGUCGAUCACAAAUGAACAGAUUUCAUGCAUUAGUUUUAUUUUCAGUGGACGUUUGCAAGUGAUGUAAGAAACAAAUGUCACUGGAUUCAGAAUAUUAAAAAGAACUUGAUAAAUAA